AUGUUAUCUAUUUGUGCUGAGGGAAGAGGUAGAAUAUUAGGGAACCAAUAAGAUAACCUCUCUUUUGGAGAGAUUUCCAAAGUCCUUCUAUCCUCAGAAAUUCUUCCUCACCAGGGAACAUGAAAAAUCCUCCUUACUGUCUGAUCUCCAUCUCUCCUAUUGCAAUGCUAGCCACUCCCUCUGCCCUCAUGGAGCCCAGCCUUUCCCCUGGCCUUAGACAAAAUCUCUUUAGAGCCCUGUAGUUUGGAGUGUUGAGAGAGAUUCCAUUUCAACCUUUUCACCAUCCGUUCUCUGCCCCUCACCCUAUUCUCUUCUUCUUGGGGAUGUCAAUUCCUGUUCUGAGCCCACCCCCAACCCAGGCCCUUUUCCGGUGGUAUGUGCCAGCCGGUCCUGCAUCCCACAUCCCCAGCUGUUGACAUUUCAUUGCCAUUACCCACAGAAUAAAGAAAGGGGCCCUGUUAUUCAACAAUAGGGGAAAAGACAGAGACAAUGGGAAAUUGUGCUUCCGAUGGGGUGGGGACUGAGAAGGAAAGGACAGACAGACAGACAGACAGGGGGGUUGUACAGAAGAGGUCCGGUUUCCUGAAGCAGCUGAAAGUCCUGGAUGGUUCCCACCUGAGAGUCCGUUUGCAAAGGCAAUGUGCAGUCAGGCACCAGAGGGCAGAGGACAGAAGCUUUUCCUCAAAGGUGCAAAAGGAGCAACUGUGUUGAACAGGUGCUCAAGUCCCAGGGUUUUAAGGUGCUUGGAACUCCCAGGAGCCUGGCAAAACCUUCAUCCAGAACCUCUUCCUCAAGCAAGACAAAAAGCUGCUAAGCACUGCUCCCUCCGUCUCUGUGAAGAGACCAGCUUCUAACAGACAGUGCUGGGCUGCCCCCCAUCAUGCCAGGUGGGCUCACCCUCCCCACACUCUGCUGCUUCCUUCUUUGGGCCUUCACCAUCUUCCACAAAGGCCAAGGAGACCCAGCAUCCCACCCGGGCCCCCACUACCUCCUGCCCCCCAUCCAUGAGGUCAUUCACUCUCAUCGUGGGGCCACGGCCACGCUGCCCUGUGUCCUGGGCACCACGCCUCCCAGCUAUAAGGUGCGCUGGAGCAAGGUGGAGCCUGGGGAGCUCCGGGAAACUCUGAUCCUCGUCACCAACGGACUGCACGCCCGGGGGUAUGGGCCCCUGGGAGGGCGCGCCAGGAUGCGGAGGGGGCAUCGGCUAGACGCCUCCCUGGUCAUCGCGGGCGUGCGCCUGGAGGACGAAGGCCGGUACCGCUGCGAGCUCAUCAACGGCAUCGAGGACGAGAGCGUGGCGCUGACCUUGAGCCUGGAGGGUGUGGUGUUUCCGUACCAACCGAGCCGGGGCCGGUACCAGUUCAAUUACUACGAGGCGAAGCAAGCGUGCGAGGAGCAGGACGGACGCCUGGCCACCUACUCCCAGCUCUACCAGGCUUGGACCGAGGGUCUGGACUGGUGUAACGCGGGCUGGCUGCUCGAGGGCUCCGUGCGCUACCCUGUGCUCACUGCACGCGCCCCGUGCGGCGGCCGAGGCCGGCCCGGGAUCCGCAGCUACGGGCCCCGCGACCGGAUGCGCGACCGCUACGACGCCUUCUGCUUCACCUCCGCGCUGGCAGGUCAAGUGUUCUUCGUGCCCGGGCGGCUGACGCUGUCUGAAGCCCACGCGGCGUGCAGGCGACGAGGCGCUGUGGUGGCCAAGGUUGGGCACCUCUACGCCGCCUGGAAGUUCUCAGGGCUAGACCAGUGCGACGGCGGCUGGCUGGCUGACGGCAGUGUGCGCUUCCCAAUCAUCACGCCGCGGCCGCGCUGCGGGGGGCUCCCGGAUCCCGGAGUACGCAGCUUCGGCUUCCCCAGGCCCCAGCAGGCAGCCUAUGGGACCUACUGCUACGCCGAGAAUUAGGCGCCCACCGUGUCCCCUCCAGCGCGCGCGACGAAGCUUGGCAGUCGUGGCGGGGUUCUCUCGCCACCCCUUUCCGGAGAACCUCCCCUCCCUCCAGACCCGGAGCGGCCUCUCCAGACCUGUCUUCCCAGCCGGGGCCUGCGGGCCUCGGACCCUGGCUGGCCCGGCGGCGGGGAGGGGAAGCGGGGGCGCCCCCAGCGGCGAGAUGCGGCGGUGACCCUCGGACCCGCUGCGGUUCGCGAGCCCCAGGAGAGGACUCAGCCACUGCCGAGGGGAGGGAGAGGCGGCCGGGGGCAUUAACUGACCUCUGAGUACAGCAAUAAAAUAACCUGGGAAUCUUU